UCAUCUUCAGAGAAUUUCAUCUCUGAAGGUUUGUAGAAUAAAUCCUAAAUCACCCCCAUCUUCCUGUAUUAGCGAUUUUACAAGUACAUUUCACUUAUUAUGCAAAAUCUAAGGCAGCUUCUGAAACUUCCCUUAUUUAACAUCAAUCAUCAAACGACGAGAUAUAGGGAGCGAAACAAGAAGGGGUGUAUAAUCCUAUAUUCUUAAUCGCUUUAGUGCACUGGUUAGUGCACUCCCUACUCUGAUGAUGAUGAUGAGAUCUGCAUAGAAAAUUUUUUGAAAAUGUUGUGACAAAA